AUGAACAUAACGUAUAGGUUUAACAGAGAAAAUGUAGAGUGGUUUGCGAACCAUUUUCUUGACGAUAAUGAGGAUCCCGUAGAAACAAGAGGUGGAGCCUUGUCACCUACUCGGAAAAUGGAGAUAUUUUUGAGAAGUUUAGGAGAUCCUGGAUUUCAGCAAGGAGUUGCUGUUGAUUUAGAUGUAAACCAAAGAACUGUAUCCAGAACCUUGAUUAGUGAACCUGAAGCAAUUUAUUGCAAGAGAAAUAACUGGAUAACAUUUCCUAAUACUAACGAUUUACUUGGAGUUGCUAUCAAUGAGUGGGCAAAUACCAAGCGAAUGCAUCGAAUUAUGUAUAAUAAUGUGCAAGGAGCAGCCUUGUUAGGUGAUGAAGGAUAUGGUAUUUCACCGUGGUUGUUGACACCAUUUAAAAAUCCAACCACACCUAUUCAAGAAAAUUAUAAGUUAAUCCAUGCGAAGGAACGUUGUGUCAUAGAACGCUGCUUUGGUCAGUUGAAACGGCGUUUUCCAAUGCUCCAUGAUUUUGAUCCAGUUCAGAUGGAAGUUCAAGAUGCGAUUGAACUGAUACCUGAGGGUAAUCAACCACAAAUUCGAAAUCGAAGGCAGAUGAAAAACGAGUUCUAA